AAUAUUAACUUCCUGUUAUGUUGUCGGUCAGAGUACAAAAUGGGAUGUGACUGAAAAUUACACUAACAUAGUGUUGUUUACAUAACAAUUAAUGCUGUUUUGUGAUUAAUUUCAAUUUUUAUAAGCAAACUUUUAUAAUGGCAGCAGAAAUUCUAAAUAGCCGACAGAUCAAAGCUCUGAAAGAGCACAAAUACAGUGCUGAGGGCUCAUCCAUCUGCGAACCUUUUAUGCAAGUUUAUUGGAGGUGGUUGGUUGAACAAAUACCCAAAACCUGGGCACCAAAUACUAUAACUCUAGUAGGGUUAAUUAUAAAUGUAGUGUCAACACUUAUUCUCAUCUUUUACAACUAUGAUGGAACAAAAGAGGCUCCAGGCUGGGUAUAUCUAGGCUGUGCCAUUGGAUUAUUUGUUUAUCAGUCUUUAGAUGCUAUAGAUGGGAAACAAGCUAGGAGGACUAAGUCUAACAGUCCACUUGGAGAGCUCUUUGAUCAUGGCUGUGAUUCACUAUCUACAGUUUUUGUGAUGCUGGGGUGUUGUAUAUCAUUGAAGCUAGGAAAGGAUCCAAUGGUACUACUUUUUGAAAUGUGUAUGUCAGAGUUCUGUUUUUAUAUGGCACAUUGGCAAACAUAUGUUACAGGGAUUUUAAAGUUUGGAAUGGUUGACGUGACCGAGGGACAAUUCACAGUUAUUUUUAUAUAUACUUUAUGUGCAAUAUCACCAGGAUUUUUUGAUAAUACUUUACCAGUGUUUGGUAUACCAUUGCGUAUGAUAGCUGUACUUGGUAGUUUGGGACCAUCAUUAUUCUUCAUGUUUAAAACUAGUAAUCUUAUCUUAAAAGGAGGCGUUGGGAAAAAUAAAUCCACAGUUGCAGGUUCCAGCACUAUAUUUCCCAUAGUUCCUAUAGGGUUAGUGAUGGCUUUACAAGUGAUAAUAGCAACUAAAACAUCUAUAUAUACUGACCAGCCAUGUUUAUAUCUAGUCAGUUUUGGAUUUGUUUCAUCCAAAAUAACAAACAGUUUAGUGGUAGCCCACAUGACAAAAAGUGAAAUGCCAUUAUUAGACUGGAGUUUACUCGGCCCUAUGAUGUUGUUUAUGAACCAGUACUUUAAUUCAAAGUUUCCAGAAUAUUUCCUGCUUUGGAUAGUGUGUAUAUACAGUGUACAGAACUGGAUAAUGUACAGUUUGAGGGUGUGUCAGGAAAUCUGUGAUCAUCUCAAUAUCUACUGCUUCGAUAUAGUGAGUGCGCCAAAGACUGAGCGGAAAAAUUCAGACAGCCGAAAAAUACGAUAAACUGGUCACAAUAGAAACAAUGCAACAUUUUUCAGCAAAACUUUAUUUGUUAACAAUGACGUUGUAAAACUGUGUGAUAAAGAAUAGAGUGGGUUUUAUUUUCUGCGAUCUCACUCCCUAUGUUUUUGGCCUGGUAUUUUAUAAUUCCAUCGUUUAUUAAUUGCCCUCUGUACCACCAUUGUUACCUAACGUUUAGUGAAUGUCUUACUACAACCAUUAUGAGUUUUUUUUUGUUGUUUUUUUUGGCGCUAUGUACUUUCAGUGUUAACUACGGUCCAGUACAUUUUAUACCUCCAGUGUUUUAAUUUAUUUUUGUCCAUUUGAGUUUUGACAAAGGACUGUUUUAGAAUGUUAAUUAUACAUAUUAUUGUCAGAAAUAAAACUAUGGGAAUAUAUCUUAAAUUUCAAUCCAAGUUAUCAUAGUUUGUGAUGAAUCCACAGGCAAUAAGUAUUAAUCUUUGCUACAAAACAUACAGACAAGACUGGCGAGUAGGGAUUGUUAACAGCUGAACAAAUGAAAUUUGAUUUUGACAUCAGUGACAUUGGUAAAUUACAGAUGAGUUGACAGGUGUAUCAGUAAUCUUAAAUAAUCAUUACACUUUAAUUCAUUAUUUUUCAUUGUUAAGUUGAACUGCUUCUUGAUGAAUAAGGCUUUAAGUGAGAGAGCAUUUAAUUUGAAUCUUAUUGUGCAUCUACAAUAUUACCUGUAGGAUAUCCAGAGUUAUUUGCCCUUGUGUGACACUCAGUGACAGUUCUAUUUAUAAGAUAUACAGAGUUGUUUGCCCUUCUGAGAGACUAAGUAACAGUUCUAUUUAUAGGAUAUACAGAGUUGUUUGCCCUUGUUUGACAAUCUAAGUUACAGUUCUAUUUAUAGGAUAUCCAGAGUUAUUUGCCCUUGUGUGAAACUCAAACUAACAGUUCUAUCACAUGACCUUAUAGCAUCUUUUUGUCAUGUAUAUCACUUCAAAUAAUCACAUCUUUCAGACUUUUAGGGAUGAGAUGAAAAUUGAGUUAAUUAUAACACAUUAUGUCAAACUUGUGAGAAAUCCUGUGGAACAAGGAGGGUAGGCUUUGUGUAAUUUAAACCACUUGAUGUUAAGGUCAGAAACAUAAUAAUACUCAGUCGAUCAAGAAAUCAGUGUUACCCUAUGAUGUUUAAUUAAAUUCUUGUGAUGACAUCAACAGAUCUGCAGGUGCUCUCUAUCUACACAUAAUGCUCUUCCUUAUAAAAUAAACUAGCUAUAUAUAUGUAAGUAAUUAAUUAAUGUUGGAACACAGCAUUCCUUAAUUCCUAGCUACGUGUGUAAGAUAUUAAUUAGUGCUGGGACACAACUGGCUUCUUGCACAUGAUGUGAAUUAAUUAAACUUGUGUGAUAUAAAUAGAUACUGGUAAAUGAGCAGAAUUUAGAGAGAAAUCAAUUCUUCCAGGUACUAGACUAGAAUUAUGAAUGAAUUUUACAUCAACUUUGUGUGACAGAAUAUCAUUGAAAUUGUAAAUAAAUUGUAAAAAAAUGGCAUCUUUCAUAAAGUAGAGCCUAGAUUUUUGUUUAUAUGCCCAGACUCCCAUUUUGUGCUAAAUUUUAUAUUAUAUAUCAUUCAUAUGUAUGUAAGUUUUAAUUUAUUAAUUUGUAUGUUUUUGAGUUUUCCAACAUUAUGUUAUUCAAUCAUAUACAUUAAGUGUUUUUCCUUCACAUACAGUUCACAUUACAGUAUACUUAACUACUGGGCUGCUUUUCAUAGAAGUUUCUAAGUGUAAGUCCUAGCACAUAAAACGAACUUUAGGACUUAAGACUGUUCAGUAAUCAUUUUAAUCUUCAGUCUAAUACUGUGGAAUGUAAAUAAAUUCAUUUUCAUGAGAAAAGUUAAGAAAUACAAUGACAUACCCUUUUAUGGCAUUGUGUAAAUUCCCAAAUUGAGUGAUAACAUAGGAGUCAUAAGUUAGGACAUUUUUUCUUUGAAACACAAAAUUCUCUCAAUUUUGGUGUUAAGACUGAUUUCAGACUUUGGGCCUUCCAUGAAACGCAGCUCUGGCUAAAAAUUGCAUAAAAUCCAUUUUCAAGAAUGCACCUGUUAUUAUUACUGUAUGUUUUGUAUACUGAUAAAAAUAAAGUCAUUUAACUUACCAUUAACAUUGAGUAAUAAAACUGUUAUAUUUUGAUCGCCUUUUGUCACUAUCUUAUCAUCAUUAGCUGUUAAAAUUUAGUCUGCUGAUACGGAACAUUAGUCAAGUUUCUAUAAAAAAUCAUUCACACAUAUGAAAUACUUAGAAGAGUGAUUUUAAAUUGAUAAAUACAGUUUGUAAACAAACUUAUUUUCAACAUGUUUUAAUUUUAAUGAUGUUGAAUGGGAUUUUCCACACAUUUUAUCAUAGAACAUAAAAUUUCCUGCUUGUUGUAAUCUUUUUUCUUUUUGUAAUGUUAAACUUCAAGAUAUUUUGAAUUAUGGCCAGUUUUUAAGGUUCUUUUAUGAAUAAUAAGGCAUUUUGUAGAUACAUGUACCUAUA